ACUACAGAAGUGAAAAAGGCAAGAGGGCCACACGGGGGGAAGGGGAGCGCUCGAACCACCCACUCCCACGAAUGGCGUCGCCGCGGCCGGCGACGUGGUCGGUGAGCGCGUGCCUGAGAUACCGCGGCGGGCUGGAGAUACGCGCCGCCGCGGAGAACGUCGUCCUCCCCUGGUGGGGCCACGGCGGCGAGCGCCUCUCCUUCCUCCUCCGCCUCCGCCGCCGCCUCCGCCUCGCCGUCACCUCCCAAUGCGCCCGCGCUCCCGCUCCCGCCUCCGCCGAUCCCGAAAGCAAGGAGAAGAAGAAGAAGCCGCGCGCCCUCAAGCUGCUCCGCUUCCUGCGGAGCCGGCUGGCGCGGGCCCCCUCCGCUCUCCGCCGCAAGAAACCGCCGCCGCCGCGCGCCGAAGACGAAGAUGACCGGGGUGAUCCUCGUGCUCAGCCGGUCCCCUGCUUCCUGACUCGAGCCCUGAUGCGGCCGGCGAAGACGAAGACGACGGCGACGGUGCUGUGCUUCGUCGCCGCGCUCGCCGUAGCCGUCGUGGCGCUCCGCCUCGUGGCCGGGUUCGUGAUACCACCGCCGACGGUGAGCUGCACGUCGUGGAGAUGCUUCUUGGCGAAGAAACUGGCCAAGAAAUUAUUGGGGCCUCCUCUCCAGGAGUGGUUCUCCAGGAUCGGCUUGAGAAUCCUCGAGUUCUUGGAUCCUCCUGCUGCUCUCCGCGACUGGCCCGGGCUCCCAAAGCUUGGCCUGAAGUGGCUCUUCAACAUGUAGUAGAAAUUUGUUUAUCUAGAGAGGUCGAUUAACCCAGACCAAAUGGUACUAGCAAUGAGUUAGAUCUAGUUUAAUUUAUGCUUAUGUUAUAAAAUGAUUGAAGAUUUAGUGUUGUUAACACAUACUUGACUC